UGCAGACCUAUUUGAUCUGGGCCCACUCCAAGGACUGCAUUCACAAGCACAAGAUUCUCACCAGGUGCUGGGUGUUUCUGUGCUAUGUGUUCGUGCCCUUGGUGUGGACUGAUUAUCCUGCUCAGUGCGGACUUGCUGCUGUGGCUGAACUCCGUGAGCGACGACACGGUCCAUCUGGAGAUAGAGAUGGAGGCCCAGGAGGGACAAGGGAACACCUCACGGUCUACAGAGAUAGAUUCAGCUGAAGACGCCAGUUUCAAUAACGCAACAGAAUGUCAUUGCCGCCUGCACCCCCCCUGUUUAACGUUCCGGAAGGGCAUCGAGAUCCUCUUCCCCUUCAACAUCGAGUUCUACCUGAUGGCCGGCUGCAUGAUUUACGUUAUGUGGAAGAACGUGGGUCGCCACAUCGACCCGGCCGCACAUUCUCACCAGACCCAGAAGUUCACGCUCCGCGUCGUCUACUCGGGCGGCAUCUUCGUCGGCCUGCUGCUGGGUGUCCUGGUCCUCGUGGUGGGCUCGACCAUCUUCAUCCUGUACCAGGUGUGGGUGAACCACGACGAGCGCCGGCUCACCGCCUUCGUGCUCUUCUACAGCUUCCACCUGGUGGUGAUGCCUCUCAUGUCGCUCUGCUCGUUAGCGGGCGUGCUGGUCCACAAGCUGGACAGGCGGGCGCAUGAGGACGGGCACAACCCCACGCGGAGCCUGGACGUGAUGCUGCUGGUGGCGGCCGCGCUCGGGCAGCUGAUGCUCUCCUACUUCUCGCUGGUGGCGGCGCUGGCCGACGGGGUCGGCGAGCCCCCGCUCGGAGCGCUGGACCUGUCGUACUCGCUGCUUACCCUGCUGGAGCUGGUGCUGCAGAACGUCUUCAUCAUCGAGGGCCUCCACCGGCACCCCAGCCUCAGAAAGGGCAGGGUUAGAGGCAGGAGCCUCAUCUUUAAGAAGAGGAAGAACAGUGAGGAUGUGACAGUGGUGGAUGGGCCAGUGGCCCAUUCUCUGGUGGAUGAGGUGAAAGUAGCACCAGUGCCCCCUAGUGGAGAAGAAUCAAAUCGCAAUCAUCAAAUAACCAGGAGGGUCAUUCAAGAGAUCUGUUCCUUCCUCAUUCUCGCCAACAUCAUGCUGUGGGUGAUCCCAGCGUUUGGGGCCAACCCUCAGUUCAAGAACGGCGUGGGGAAGCAGUUCUACGGCUUCACGGCCUGGUUCAUCCUGGUGAACCUGGGCCAGCCGCUGGGCGUCUUCUACCGGAUGCACUCUGUGGGGGCCCUCAUGGAGCUGCUCAUCUUGGCCUGAAGUGGACACUACAUGGA